GCCGAAUUUCUACAUAAAACAUUGUUAUUGCAUGGGUUAUACGUUGGAAUUUAUAUCUCUGUUCAUGUAGAUUUUAGCAACGCAAUUUAACUUAAUGUUGUUGUGAAUUGGGCAAGCUAGCUUUCCCGUGGUUUUCUUAUAGUAAUGAAUAUUUUCCACAAUAUUCUGUUCCAAAGAAAGCUUAAAGAGGAAAACAAUGAAAACCCGGUCAGGUUCACCUCCAGUUCAUGUGCACGUCAACGAUGCCACACCAAUCCAUGUGCACGUUAAGAGCCAUAGGACAAGUCCUGCCAGGACACCUCAGGGGAAGACAAAGGUGGACAGAAAGAACCUCCAUCCUACAGCCAAGGUCAAAACACGAGUGCCAUGGAUUCCACCAGGAAAGACCUCUGUCCGGGAAGCUUCAUACAAGUGGGAGGGGCCAAUGCACUGCCUUGAGAUUACACCACCGCUUCCUGAACCAGAACCUGAACAUUCCCACUCUGCAUUGCGAUUGGCUGACCUCACCUCAGAAGAAGAAGAUGAGCUACAUGGACGAAUCAGCCACUAUGAGAAAAAGGUUGACAGCUUACUGACUGAAGUCAGCUCACUGAAAAAUGAGGUCGAACUGCGAAAGAAGGAGCAGUUACUAGAGCGUCAGUCAGAGCAGCUGAGUGUCUCCCAGCGGGUGAUCACAGAGCAGGAGGAGGAGCUGGCUGAGGUGACUAAGGAGCUGGAAGAGACUGAGCGGGAGAACUCACGAUUACGCCAAUCCAUGGAGAAGAUGCUGGGGGAGUCUGACUACAACAGACAAGACAGUGCACAGCAAGGCAAAGAUGCUCUGCUCAGGAAACUGAUGGAGGCUGAGAUGGAUGGGAUAGCAGCUGCCAAGCAAGUAUCAGCCCUGCGAGACUCUGUUUCCAAACUGUGCAGUGCUAGUGGCAGUAAACUGUCUGGCUCUGAGUCUGCCCUCUUGGCCCAUCAGAAGGAACUGUUGCUGCAGAAACUACAGUCAUUUGAGGCCACAAACCGAACACUACGGAACCUUCUCAGAGAACAGCACGGAUCCCAGCAGAUGGAGGCAGUCCGAAUGUCAGAGCAGAAGGACGCAUUACUUAAGAGACUGGCAGACACAGAGGCAGAAAAUGCUCAUCUUGUGGUGAAACUUCAAGAGAAAUACAGAGAGGUUAAUCAACUCUCCAAACUUUUAGACUCUGAGAAGAACAAUACCAAAAGCACUGCUGAUUUGUCCAAGAAUCUGGAGUCAACACGAGCUCAUUUACAAGGACAGCUCCGCAACAGAGAAGCUGACAACAACCGACUUACUGUGCAGAUAAAGAACCUGGAGCGAACAGCCAGCCAACAGAAGGCAGAGAUGGAUCACCUCAAGGAACAGCUGACAAGGCUGAAGCAGCAGGCCAGUACAGACCGAGAAGCUCUGAAACGAGCCACACGAGCCCAGAAACAACGAGCUACGCACAGUGAAGAUGCUGCAAGCCAGAUGAGCAUCCAGCUGCUGGAUAUGGAGAAGCAGCUGGAAGAUGCAUUGUCAGCAGCUGAGACUUGGCAAAGUCGUCAUGCCCAAGAAGUAAAAGACAAGAGUAAACUGGAGAUUGAACUGUCUCUGUUGAACAGCCGUAUAGCAGAGCUGAUGGAGCAGCUGCAGAGAACAGAUAAUAAAGGCAGAGUGGAGAGAGAAACCCUACUGGGUCGGCUCCAUGGACUGACCACAGAGAGCACUGCUGCCAAACUGGAGAACCAGUCCCUCAAGGCUUCAGUGUCUGCAGUGGAGGAGAAGCUGGCCUUGUCUCAGUCAGAGCUUCAGCAGGUUAAAGCUUCUAUCAAGCAAUAUGAAAGCCUAGUGGAUAGCUAUAAGAUCCAGGUGGGAAAAAUGCGGGCUGAGGCGGAUGAGUAUGGUGCUCGGCUGGCUCAAGCGGAACAGGAGGCCCGGGCAGUGCAGGGGGAGCUGGAGCAAGAGAUAGAGGGAGUGCGCAGGGAGCUACGUGGACGGCUAGCAGAGCUGGAGCCUCUUCCUGAAGCCUUGCGACGCUCUGAGCUGCAGCUGCAGGAGGCUCAGGACAGGGAGCGAUGCCAGGAGAGACGCACCACGGAGCUCAGCACAGCACUGACUGAUCUCCGCAUGAAGGUGGAGACCCAAGGCAGCCUGGUGGAGCUUUAUAGACAAAAGAACAAGGUGCUACUGGAGGAGAACAGAGAGCUCCAGCAGCGAGUGGAGAGUUUGGAAAGAAAGCUGGAGGAGGCUGGCAGUCAGAACAGUGAUCUGCAGGCGGUCAUUUCCAAACGGGAAGACACCAUCCACAGCAGUCAGCUCUGCAUGGAAGAAAAAACAAGAGAAUGCUCCCUGCUGAGCAGAAAGCUAGAGGAGGCUCUGGAUGAUGCUCGCCAACAGAUGUCCGAGACCAGAGAACAUGCUGCCACCAAAGAACGUUCUACACAGUCUAAAAUAUUGGACUUAGAGACCCAACUCAGCAGAAUGACCUCAGAAAUCAACCAGCUGCAACACAGCAAAGAGGAGGUGGAGCGACGAUAUCAGAGCCGGCUACAGGACAUGAAGGAUCGCCUGGAGCAGUCAGACAGCACCAACCGAAGCCUGCAGAACUACGUCCAGUUUCUCAAAGCGUCCUAUACCAAUGUGUUUGGAGAUUUGGCCCUCAGCAGCUAAGUGGGCCUCAUCACCCUUCUGAUAGCCUGUGCCUUUCCAGAACAGUACUGUGCUUUGGGCCUGCUACUUUUUUGUGAAGAUCCCUUCCUGUAAAGAUUUGUUUGGAAUGAAUUUGGUAAUUUGGUGGACAAUAAAAUAUGUAAUGGAUUUAAAAAAUUUAAUUCUAAAAAGAAAUCAUCUAAGAUUAAAACCCUUAAAUGUGGGAUUUAUAGGAGGAGGUGUUAUCAAGUAAGACACCGUAGUAAACAGCAAUACCAAGAAUGUGAAUGUUGAAUUUGACCCAGAGAUGUUGAGAAUUUAGGAUGAGUCAUCGCAGUCUGAAAUAUAUUAUAAUCACAUAUAAACUGGAUUCAUAAGAGCUUUAAAUUAAAAUCAGCAUGUGUUAAACAUUAGAUUGAUAGUCACCUUCACCCAUACUAAAUUUUACCAGAUGCUGAAUGUGUUUCUCACACCUUGUUAGAUUUGCCGGAUGUACAAACUUAGUGAACUAUGUACAGUCAGCAUCUCACCUCAGAUUUAAUAAAUGUACUUUGAAAAAGCUUAUGUGGGUAUUUUGCUAUGCAAAAUAUUUAGUUAAUACAAACUAAUAAAUGAUGAUGGGCUUUAAAGUGAAAGCAGUAUUUGGCCUUGAAAGCAUUUGUACUUGGUGCUUUUCAUGCUUUCUAAAUAUUUUUCAGAUUUUUUUUUUCUCAGCACCAAAUACCCACAUAUGAACUUCUAGUUUACACAAAGUUUUGAAUAUGUUUUGAUGGUGGCUUGUAAUAUUUCAGACUGAAAUUUCUUCAGAAAUGUAUUGUUGGAUAUUGAGUUUUGUAUUUCACGUGCCAAAAGCAUAAAUUGCAAAUGGUUGUUAACAAUCCUGUUGCCUAUUCAUGACAAAAGGUAAUGUCUACCAGAAUUAACAGUUAGACUAUAUAUUGUGUUUGUACUGCUAUACACUAAAAUAUUUUUGAGUUUGUUUUAAAAUUUCUCAAGUACAGCUUUGUAACUGAGCCAUCUAUGACACAUUAUGUGUUUACAUGUAUAUGUGAUUUUGAUUAUAUGGAGCUGAAAACAUUGGUGCUAUUGCUCUCUUUUGGCCGGUGAUUUGACUUUGGGUGUCAAAACAGUGAUUUUGGGUUUGCAUUCACACGUUAAAAGUUUUUGCACAUGUUGUUUCCCUUUACUUUCAGAGUGUACUGUAUUUAACAACUGAAUAAUUUAUGCCUUAACUGGAUAACUGACAGAGCUGCAAUAAAACAAGAGGAAGACGUUGAAAACCACGAAAA